AGUUGGCCUCUCUCUCUACAGCACUAUAAGAAAAGAACAACAGACUGUGUGCAGUUGUAUAGGGAAAAAAUACCUCCACAGUUCAAUGACUCUUGGUUAGCAUUCGGCCAUCGAGUUCUGCUGCGGCUGGAGCAACACAGGGCAGGACCCCCAGUGUCAUUAGACGUUUCGUUCUCUGUGCUACCGCUGGACGCUCAACAAAUAACACUCUCCGAGAGUCCCUGUGUUUUGUUCAAAAUCCUCCGUAGCUCUUAUAACAAAUUGCGAUUGUGAAUGUUUUUUGAAGAAGAAAGAGUUACGACUGUGUCGAUCGCGCCAGCAGUUACUAUAUAAACACUUUUAACCAGUAGGACAAGGUUGAUGUUGCAAGCCCAGCAUAAUACCUUGAUUCCAUUCGAUUUUUGUUUUUGUUCUGUUUGAAAAUCAAGUUCUUUUGGGGUUUUUUUUGGGUUUGGGUUUGGAUUUAUUUUUGACGUUACGCAUUGUUGCUAUUAUUAUUAUUACCCCGGUUGGCAUUGUAACAGCUUGUAAAAUAAAAGCGGGGUGGGGGAAUAACGUGAUUGAAAAAACAAAACAAAAUACCAAUUCGGAAUUAUUUUGGCUACUCUACUAAAAAGCAGCGAGACUCUGGCGCAGACUCUCAUCGACAGUCUGAUCACGCGGGUGCCCUUUUUUCAAUCAAACAAACAACAAAACAACAACACGGUGACUCUUAAAAAGCCACAGUGAGCAGCAAAAAGGGGCUAUAAAAAUAGGAGCAAAGACAAAAGAGAGAGAGAGGGAAGUUGGCCUUCGGAUCGGGACUAAAUAAAUAAAUAAAUAAAAAAGGGAAGAAGGUCGUCGUGAGUGUAGAGCCUAGUCGAUUUUUUUUGGUGGGUUUUGAUUCGACGCAACAACACCUGGACGGACUUGGAAUUUCCAAUUCGAGCGAGACCGCGAUCAGAUCCCUCCGCCGCCUCGUAGUAUAGAGGUGGAGCAGUGAACAUCUCGGGCGCAAACUAACAACAACUCUGUGCUGGCAUUCACAGCUGCUGAGUAUCGCAUCUCUACAACAACAUUCGUUGCGUCGUCUCACGCAAGCUCCUCCGGCCAACAUGUCUUAUUCUUCUCUCAACAUCCAGCAGGUUCUGCUUUUGGUUGCCGUUCUGCUGGUGGCGCAAGUGACCCGUGACGUUGCGGCGACCAGUUACGACAAGUACGACCCGGGAUUCGGCAUCUACGACGACGGUUUCUCCAAUGGCAACGGCGACUACUACGACGUCAGCCACGGCUACUACCAGCACCGAAUGGGCCAAGCCAGCAAUAACUACGCCAUCAAACACAACUACGCCAACAGACUAGGAGUAGCCGCUGGAUCUAUUCAUCGUCCGGCCAGAGCGCCGGCCAAGAUACAAGUCUACGGACGGGUCCCGCAGAUGCCGGGACAAUACUAUUCGAUGGGAUUUUAUUAAAAGCGGAUCUAUGGUUGGAAGCCGGCGAAUUUGAUGUCCAAGCAUAUAAAGGAAGACGGCCUUACAGCGUCAACUCUAUAACCAUUCCACAGCGUUCGCCCAUCAUCUUUUUUCUAGACUGCUCUCUCAAUCUUUUUUGAAUCUUACGGGGGCCCCAUCAGCUCACUACUGGGCAACCGAAAAAAUAAACGAUGCCGGCCCUUUUUUGAUAGACCCAUGGAUCGGAAAUGUUUCACAUCAACAGAUUCCGCUCUGACGCCAUUAUGGCCGAGACCAGCAGCAGCCGGCCGACCAAUCCUAUUUAUUAUUAGUGUUAUUAUUAUUACGAUCUUCUUCUUCUUUUUGGGUGUACGACAACAUUUCGAUAUUAUUUUUUAUUGUCAGACCAUAUGAUUUUCUUUUUUGUUUUUCACCUUAAUUUCAAACGUGUUUCCUAGAUGUUUUUUGUUUUUCCUUCAUCACAUUUUUUGUUAUCACCUUUGAUAAUUUCCGUACGGACGAGACAAUAAAAGGAAUAAUCAUUCGA